AAGCACUACUUUUACUGCUAAAUCUCAAACAUUCAGAAACCAUUGCUCCACUGUGGACAUAUCAUUUUAUAUUUAUCAUUUGGAUGUUAUGGAUAAAAACAGUACUUACUCUCCGAUCACAUGGCCACCAAAGUUUUGGGAGCAGAUAACGAUAGCCUUCACAGUGUCCAUGGUGGUUGGACUGGCGAUUGGAGGGAUCAUCUGGGCUUUGCUUGCUUGCUUGUCCCGUCGCCGAGCUAGUGCCCACAUAUCUCAGGGGAGCUCGUCCUCCUACAGCCGCCGGUCCCGACCGCCCUCCCAUCGGAGCAACCUCAGCCUGGCCAGCCUCACCUUCCAGCGACAAGCGUCCUUGGAGCAAGCCAACUCCUUCCCCCGCAAGUCAAGCUUCCGUGCGUCCACCUUCCACCCUUUCCUGCAAAGUCCUCCCCUGCCAGUGGAAACGAACAGUCAGUUGAUCACCCUGACCCCGACAAGUACCACCACAACCCUUGUGGGAAGCACCACCAACAGUUUAAGUCGGCCUGAGUUCCACUGGUCCAACAACAGCCUCCGCAUCUGCCAUUCCACUCAGACCCCUCCUCCUGCCUAUGAAACCAUCAUAAAAGCAUUCCCAGACUCAUGAAAUAGUUUCUUCCUACAGACACACUCAUGAGUUUUAAGAGAAACCUCAAUCAU